GCCGAGACUUGAAUAUCCCUAUUUGGAGGACAUUAUCGAUACUGUCCGUGCCUUCCUUCGUGCUCGUGUUUAUAGGCGGGCCGCUUUUCUACUGGCUGCUGUUGCCUCUGGAUAAAUGCGCAGCAACGACGCGUGGAAUUUGGAAGGCGGCAAACUUCACGGUGGCAAUAUUAUCGUCUCCUUUUUACUCUUUAUUUUCCAAACCCCAAUAUUUUGAUUACCAGUAAACAUGAAACUCAGAACUUGAACUUGAAAACCUUCAAUCAUCCGGCCCGUUGUCAGAGCCUUUCCGCUGGAUGCCUGCAAUCAUAUGGCGUCAAAGAAAAGAUGCCAGAUCCCUCCUGUUCAAAGGCCAACAAACCUUCCAAAUCGCCUCAUAACGAUCAAAAACGUUACCAUGAAAAUAAGCAAUAACAAGACGCAAUAACAAGAUAAGGUUGAAAAGCCACCAGGAGAUGGAUGCAUCUUAGAUAAAUGCAUCUUUGAUAUAUGGCCCUGCCCUCGACGUGCAGUGAUGGGCCAGCUCACCAAAUACACGCAAAUUAGUGAUAUCGAUCGACCUGCCGAUCGUAUCACUAUCAUGAAACAAAUCUCCGGAUCUGCAGUAGCUGUGACAUCCCGCGUCACGUUACUGGACGCCUUUUUUAGACGACAACCGAUACGGCAGACAUGACAUCGAACAAGAUGUCUGACUACGACUCUCGGAUGAUGCAUCAUGGCCUUUCACCAUGCAUUUAUCGGUAGUAACCGGUUCGAGGUUCGUGACGACGUCGCGAGCUACCUCUAGG